AUAUUGCGCUGGUUACUCUUUGCUCUGGUUAAUAAAUUGGUCGAUAAAUUGUAAAAUAUACGUACAUCGAUUAAGAUCGAGGAAUAAGAAAAAUGAUCCAAUGCUCGCACACAUUACAUUGUAUACCGCUUUCUUCGUCGCAUUCUUCAAAGACGGUCACUAGGAAUCUGUGACAAGUGAAAAUGACGCAGAUCAACUAUCUCCAGAUUCUUUCCUCGUAUGAAAAGUCAUACUCGGGGGACACGCGUCGAAUUUCUUUUCAUUCAAUUAAUAUUCAAAUCUUUUUCUUAUUAUAUUCAUUUUACUUAUCUUCAUUGUCCAUAGAUUAGUGAAUAAUGAUGAUGGAAUAAAAACGAUAUUCUAUAUUCUCUUCGAUAAUCGGCCAUUCUCCUCUUGAAUAGUUUUUAAUCAAAUACGAAUAGAUAUAUUUUACAAAGGUAAUUACAAAAAAUUCUUUCAAGAAUAUUGAUCGGAAUUGAAACAAAAGAUGUUUCAGAUCUAUGAUCGAUCGAAACAAAAAUAUAAAUACGACAAUCGAUUAGCUGAAGCAUCGUAUCGCGAAAUAUUAAUGCAACAUAAAAGGAAUGGUCGCUUAAUUAGGCAUAGUUAACGGUCCUUGGUCACAUCGCAUAUGCCCUGAACAGAGGCUUUUAGCAUUUCGCGCGAACGAACCAGCCGUCAUAUAACGGGACGCGAGUCAUUUUACCGGACACGCGUUUGUAUCCUCGAUAUCGUAUUCUAUUCCUUCCUUGUGGCGCGUGCGCACGCGUCUAUAAUGCACACUCGUCUAUCUUAUUUUCUUGCGUUGGUUCCAACUUGUCUUUCGAGAUCGGGGAAUAAACAGGGAAAGAAUCUGUUUCGCGAUAUCAGAGAUACAUGAGCACGAAUCAUGAUUUUUCAUAGACACGAAAGAGAGGCGAAAGUAAAACCGACUGACAAAAGAAGAGCCAAAUUGAACGGAGAUUUGUUUCGAGGUAACGAGCGGACGAGCUCUUCCGAUGUUGUUCCGGUGAGGUGAACAAUCGGAACGUAUACGAAUAUCAGGUACAGUUUGUGCGCUCGUAUAGAGCGUAAGUAUCAUAUCCGUAAAAAGUGUAGGCUAGUUUAGAGGUUCUCAAAUAGUCUUUCAACUGGAACGCAUGCAGUUUCCUAGUGAUAAUACUGAUCCGAUUUUCUCGUCUAUACCUAAGAUCGAUGAAUCGCCGUCACGUAAUAUUCAUUGUUAAUUUAAUCUGUGUGACGGUAUACAUAGAUAUAUAGAUAUAUAUAGAUGCAUAUAAUGGAAGAUACAACUACGGACCAUAGUUGAAAAUAAUUUCUCAUGGAAAUUUGGCACACGGCUACUUGAUUGGUCAUUUCCAUGUAAACCGAAAACUGUUUCGGUCGACACAGUCGAUAAAUUAUUUGCCUAGCACAAAUUAACGUCGUUUCUAAUUCACUUGAAAACUUGUCGUUCGUCGAAAGAUGAUCGAUCGCAGCGCAUCGCAUCGCAUCACGUCUCGUUCGUAUAAAGACCGUGUCGUCGGAAGCCGGAAUAAUACUCGUUUCUUUGGGUAAUUACAUUAUCGUUUGUGCGGGCAACAAUGACGGUGAUUCAAAACAAAGGGAGAAGUUAGACAGGCCCGAUCGGGUCUCUUCAUUUUUAGAAAAUUGUUGAAAAGUUGUCACGAUACGAAUCCAGUUUUAAAUUUAAAUUAAUUAUCCGUUAUUAUCGUUCGAUUGUAUAGCGUGUAAUUUUUUUUGAUUAUCCGAAACUCGCUAUCUAUUCUAUCGCACGGAAAGAUAAUAGAAAGAAAAGAAAGAGAAAGAAGAAAGUGACUCUUCUUCAUAUUCGAAUGUUAAGAUUUAACCAAUUCUAUUUGUUAUUAUUUGAAAGUGUACGCGGAGAUUACAUAUGGAUCGAACCAAUCUCAGGGAGAGAAUUUGACGUUGCUAUCGGAGCACGAGUUAUUUCCGCGGAAGGCAGACGCAUUCAAGUGAAAGACGACGAUAACAAGGAACAAUGGCUGACUCCAGAGAGGCGAAUAAAAGCGAUGCAUGCCACUUCUGUGCAAGGUGUAGAAGAUAUGAUCAGUUUAGGAGACCUCCAUGAAGCGGGUAUUUUAAGGAAUUUGUUGAUCCGUUAUAACGAGAAUCUCAUAUACACGUACACCGGUUCGAUUCUAGUCGCUGUGAAUCCAUAUCAAAUAUUGCCUAUUUAUACUGCGGAACAAAUCAAAUUGUACAAGGAUCGUAAAAUCGGAGAGCUACCGCCGCAUAUAUUCGCAAUUGGAGAUAAUAGUUAUGCGCACAUGAAUCGAUAUGGUCAAGAUCAGUGCAUAGUGAUUAGCGGCGAAAGCGGAGCCGGCAAAACGGAAAGUACGAAACUAAUUUUGCAAUAUUUGGCAGCGAUUAGCGGCAAGCAUUCUUGGAUUGAACAACAAAUUUUGGAAGCGAACCCCAUCUUGGAAGCAUUUGGCAACGCUAAGACUGUGCGAAACGAUAAUUCGUCGCGCUUUGGAAAAUACAUUGACAUUCACUUUAAUGAACAAGGCGUGAUAGAAGGGGCGAAAAUAGAGCAAUAUUUAUUGGAAAAGUCACGAAUAGUUUCACAAAGUCUGGACGAAAGGAACUAUCACGUAUUUUAUUGCAUGCUGGCCGGUCUUUCGAAAGAAGAGAAGCAAAAGCUGGAAUUGGAAGAUGCUUCUUCGUACAAGUAUUUAACAGGGGGUGGCAGUAUCACGUGCGAAGGCCGAGACGACGCCGCAGAAUUUGCUGACAUUAGAUCAGCAAUGAAGGUUUUACUGUUUUCCGACAUGGAAAUUUGGGAGAUACUUAAGCUUCUUGCUGCCCUGUUGCACAUGGGAAAUGUCAAGUACAGAGCUAUCGUCGUAGAUAAUUUAGACGCUACUGAAAUUCCGGAACAGACAAAUGUGCAAAGAGUGGCGCAUUUAUUGGGCGUACCUGUCCAGUCUUUGAUAGACGCACUUACACGUAAAACAAUAUUCGCCCACGGUGAGACUGUUGUGUCCACGUUGUCCAGGGAACAAUCUGUGGAUAUCAGAGACGCGUUCGUGAAGGGAAUAUACGGGCGUUUAUUCGUGCACAUCGUAAAAAAAAUAAACGAAGCGAUUUACAGGCCCAAGAAUACGUCUAGGAGCGCCAUAGGUGUGCUGGAUAUAUUCGGUUUCGAAAAUUUCAGUCACAAUAGUUUCGAACAAUUUUGCAUCAACUACGCGAAUGAAAAUCUACAACAAUUUUUCGUCCAACAUAUUUUCAAGCUUGAGCAAGAGGAAUACAACCACGAGGGUAUAAAUUGGCAGCACAUCGAGUUCGUCGACAAUCAAGAUGCCCUCGAUCUGAUAGCCAUCAAACAAUUGAACAUUAUGGCCUUGAUCGACGAGGAGUCAAAGUUUCCCAAAGGCACGGAUCAAACCAUGCUGGCCAAGAUACAUAAGACUCACGGAAGCCACCGGAAUUAUUUAAAGCCAAAAUCGGACAUCAAUACCUCCUUCGGCCUGAAUCACUUCGCCGGCGUCGUGUUCUACGACACGAGAAGUUUCCUCGAGAAGAACAGGGACACGUUCAGCGGCGAUUUGCUGCAAUUGAUUCACAUAUCGUCGAACAAAUUUCUGCAGGCCUGCUUCGCCGAGGACAUAGGUAUGGGGUCAGAGACCAGGAAGAGAACGCCCACCUUGUCCACCCAGUUCAAAAAAUCUUUGGAUUCGUUAAUGAAAACGUUGUGCAGUUGUCAGCCUUUCUUCAUCAGGUGCAUCAAGCCGAACGAGUACAAGAAACCGAUGAUGUUCGACAGGGGGCUUUGUUGCCGUCAGUUGAGAUAUUCCGGAAUGAUGGAAACGAUACGAAUUCGCAGGGCUGGUUACCCGAUCAGGCAUUCCUUCCCCGAGUUCGUCGAGAGAUACAGGUUCCUGAUACCUGGUAUACCGCCGGCGCACAAAGUGGAUUGUCGGGCGGUUACGUCAAAAAUUUGUCACAUAGUUUUGGGAAAAUCGGAUUACCAACUCGGGCACACGAAAGUGUUUCUCAAGGAUGCCCACGACUUGUUCCUGGAGCAGGAACGCGACCGCGUUCUGACGCGUAAGAUCCUGAUACUGCAGCGCAACAUACGUGGCUGGGUGUACAGGAGAAGGUUCCUCCGCAUGAGAGCGGCGGCGACGGUGGUGCAAAAAUAUUGGAGGGGUUACGCGCAACGGCAACGUUACAAACGCAUGCGAAUCGGUUACAUGCGGCUUCAAGCGCUGAUCAGGUCGCGAGUGUUGUCCCAUAGGUUCAGGCACCUCAGAGGGCACAUAGUCGCUCUUCAGGCGCGAGCCAGAGGUUACCUGGUGCGGAAAAUGUAUCAAAAGAAAUUGUGGGCGAUCGUGAAGAUACAAGCCCACGUUCGAAGGCUGAUCGCGCAGAGGCGGUACAAAAAGAUCAAGUACGAGUAUCGGUUGCACGUCGAGGCGCUGAGACUUCGAAAGAAAGAGGAACGGGAGUUGAAGGACCAGGGUAAUAAACGGGCGAAAGAAAUUGCCGAGCAAAACUACAGGGAACGAAUGCAAGAGUUGGAGAGGAAAGAGAUCGAGAUGGAAUUGGAGGAUCGGCGUAGAAUGGAAAUCAAGAAAAAUCUGAUAAACGACGCAGCUAAGAAGCAGGACGAGCCGGUGGAUGACAGCAAACUGGUCGAGGCUAUGUUCGAUUUCUUGCCGGAUUCGAGCAGCGAGGCCCCCACUCCUGCCAGGGAAACUUCCGUGUUCAAUGAUCUACCAGCUCCGAAAGCGGAUCAACAGGAAAUCAUCAGCCCUGUUCAAACGGCCUCCGAGGACGAGGAGGAUUUAUCCGAGUUCAAAUUCCAAAAAUUUGCGGCAACCUAUUUCCAGGGGAACAUCACGCAUCAAUACUCGAGAAAGCCGUUGAAGCAUCCAUUGUUGCCGUUGCACACGCAGGGGGAUCAGUUGGCUGCGCAAGCGUUAUGGAUCACGAUACUUCGUUUCACCGGAGAUUUGCCCGAGCCUAGGUUUCACACGAUGGAUAGAGAUACGACCUCGGUUAUGUCGAAAGUUACGGCCACGCUUGGCCGCAAUUUCAUCCGAAGCAAAGAAUUCCAAGAGGCACAAAUGAUGGGCGUAGACCCGGAAACGUUUCUCAGGCAAAAACCGCGAUCGAUACGACACAAGUUGGUCUCGUUGACGUUGAAACGAAAGAAUAAACUAGGCGAGGACGUGAGACGAAAGUUGCAAGAAGACGAGUACACGGCGGAUAGUUAUCAGUCCUGGUUGGAGGCAAGACCCACCUCGAAUCUCGAAAAGUUGCAUUUUAUUAUUGGCCACGGAAUAUUACGCGCCGAGUUGAGAGACGAGAUAUAUUGUCAAAUAUGUAAACAACUGACGAACAAUCCUUCCAAAUCUUCGCACGCUCGCGGUUGGAUUUUGCUCUCGCUUUGCGUUGGGUGUUUCGCACCGUCCGAGAAAUUUGUCAAUUAUUUGCGAGCAUUCAUCAGGGAGGGGCCACCCGGAUACGCGCCAUAUUGCGAGGAUCGACUCAAGAGAACGUUCAACAACGGUACACGGAAUCAACCGCCGAGCUGGUUGGAACUUCAAGCGACGAAAUCGAAGAAACCUAUCAUGUUACCGAUCACGUUUAUGGAUGGUAAUACUAAAACAUUACUCGCCGAUUCUGCAACCACCGCCAGAGAAUUGUGCAAUCAAUUGUCCGAUAAAAUAUCGUUACGCGACCAAUUCGGAUUUUCACUUUACAUCGCGUUAUUCGACAAAGUAUCGUCCCUCGGUAGUGGUGGGGAUCACGUGAUGGAUGCCAUCUCUCAAUGCGAACAAUACGCCAAGGAACAAGGUGCUCAAGAGCGGAAUGCUCCGUGGAGAUUGUUCUUCAGAAAAGAGAUAUUCGCGCCUUGGCACGAGCCAACGGAAGAUCAAGUGGCUACUAAUUUGAUUUAUCAACAGGUGGUCAGAGGGGUCAAAUUUGGGGAGUAUCGUUGCGACAAGGAAGAAGAUUUAGCGAUGAUCGCCGCCCAACAAUAUUACAUCGAAUAUCACACGGACAUGAACGUCGAUAGGUUAUAUACACUUUUGCCGAAUUAUAUUCCGGACUAUUGUUUGACGGGUAUCGACAAAGCGAUCGAUAGAUGGGGACAUCUCGUUCUGCAAGCAUAUAAAAAGAGUUAUUAUUUAAAGGAGAAGGUACCUGCUCUACGCGUUAAAGAAGAUAUCGUUGGUUAUGCCAAAUUUAAGUGGCCAUUGCUUUUUUCUCGUUUUUACGAAGCAUACAGAAAUUCUGGCCCGAAUCUGCCAAAAAAUGAUGUUAUUAUAGCCGUCAAUUGGACCGGAGUGUACGUCGUGGAUGAUCAAGAACAAGUACUUCUCGAAUUGUCGUUUCCCGAGAUUACCACCGUGUCUAGUCAAAAAACUAAUAAAAUGUUCACGCAAACGUUUAAUUUAUCAACGGUGCGAGGAGAAGAAUUUACUUUUCAAAGCCCUAAUGCCGAAGAUAUUCGUGAUUUGGUGGUAUACUUUUUGGAAGGUCUGAAAAAACGUAGUAAAUACGUUAUCGCUUUGCAAGAUUACAAAGCACCGGGUGAAGGUUCCUCGUUUUUGACUUUUCAAAAGGGAGAUCUCAUCAUUUUGGAGGAAGAAAGUACAGGCGAAACCGUUCUCAACUCGGGAUGGUGCGUCGGCACGUGCGAAAGAACCGGCGAAAAGGGCGAUUUUCCAGCCGAGACAGUUUAUGUUUUACCCUCGUUAACGAAACCACCGAACGACAUUUUGUCCUUGUUUAGCAUCGAAGGGACAGAAAAUGGGCGAAAAUUGUAUCCGCAGCAAGUAAAUGGAGUAGAAUCUCGUGACAAACCUCACACUCUGUUAGAAUAUGCUAUUGAUCAUUUCCGAACGCCUCCAAAAAGAACAAUGUCGAAAGCAUUGACGUUGACAACAGCGCGACGUGGUCAUACCGAUGAGUUAUGGCAUCAUUCCAGAGAUCCGAUCAAACAACCUCUUUUAAAGAAGUUGAUAUCCAAAGAAGAAUUAGCCGAAGAAGCGUGUUUUGCUUUCAACGCGAUUUUAAAAUACAUGGGUGAUCUACCAACAAAAAGACCUCGUAUCGGUAACGAGUAUACCGAUCUUAUUUUCGAUGGACCAUUAAAGAACGAAAUUCUUCGGGACGAAAUUUAUUGUCAAAUCAUGAAACAAUUAACAGAUAAUCGGAACAGAUUGAGCGAAGAACGCGGAUGGGAAUUAAUGUGGCUAGCCACUGGCCUCUUUACUUGUAGUCAAAGUCUUUUGAAAGAAUUAACUCUAUUCUUGCGUACGAGACGACAUCCUAUAUCUCAGGAUUCUUUGCAAAGGCUACAAAAAACUUUACGUAAUGGUCAGCGAAAAUAUCCUCCACAUCAAGUAGAAGUAGAAGCUAUACAACACAAAACGACACAAAUAUUCCACAAAGUUUAUUUUCCCGACGAUACGGACGAAGCAUUUGAAGUAGAUUCGUCAACGAGAGCUAAAGAUUUUUGUCAAAACAUUGCGCAAAGAUUAAAUUUACGGUCUGCAGAGGGAUUCAGUCUUUUUGUGAAGAUCGCUGACAAAGUCAUCUCGGUUCCGGAAGGAGAUUUCUUUUUCGAUUUUGUACGGCAUUUGACAGAUUGGAUAAGAAAAGCUAGACCGUCUCGUGAUGGCGUAUCACCCCAAUUUACGUAUCAAGUCUUUUUUAUGAAAAAGCUAUGGACCAAUACUGUUCCUGGCAAAGAUAGAAACGCAGACCUCAUCUUCCACUUCCAUCAAGAACUUCCUAAAUUAUUAAGAGGAUAUCAUAAAUGUACAAAAGAAGAAGCAUCGAGAUUAGCGGCAUUGGUGUACAGAGUUCGUUUUGGUGAGAGUAAACAGGAACUUCAAGCGAUUCCGCAAAUGUUAAGAGAACUUAUACCCGGCGAUUUAGUGAAGAUACAAAGUUCCAAUGAUUGGAAAAGAUCAAUAAUAGCAGCAUAUAAUCAAGAUGCUGGUAUGAGCCCAGAAGAUGCUAAAAUAACAUUUUUGAAAAUUGUUUAUCGAUGGCCAACUUUUGGUUCGGCAUUUUUUGAAGUUAAACAAAGUACAGAACCAAAUUAUCCGGAAUUAUUGUUAAUCGCUAUCAACAAACAUGGUGUAAGUCUUAUACAUCCACAAACGAAAGAUAUAUUAGUAACGCAUCCUUUUACCAGAAUUUCAAAUUGGUCGUCAGGUAAUACUUAUUUUCAUAUGACGAUAGGAAAUUUAGUUCGAGGUUCCAAAUUAUUGUGCGAAACUUCACUUGGAUAUAAAAUGGAUGAUCUUUUAACUUCGUAUAUUUCGUUAAUGCUUACAAAUAUGAAUAAGCAACGUACAAUACGGAUAAAAUAAAUGUGAUUUUAUUGAACUACUUUAAACCGUGAUUGAUGAUUAAAUGUGCGCAAGAUGAGAAUGUGAAUGAGGAAUGUUAAGAAAAUAUUAUAAAAUAGUCAGUACUAAGAAAUACCAGACAAUUCACUAAUUAAAAUUUUUCGAUUCAUGCUAUUUAUCAAAUUAAUUUUAUAUUGAUUAUAGAAAGUAUAUUUAAAUAUUAAUCUUUUUCAACGUAACAAUAGAUAAUUCUGUACUUAUAGAUAUACUCGAAUAAUUUUUCACAGAAACAAUGUUGCCAAGCACAAUAGAAAAUCGCAUAGCAAUAAUAAUAAUAUAUCCUUAAACGUUUCUAUAGUAAGAAACGUUUUAUAUACAUACAUGUUCUUGUUAUAAAUUUUUUAUUAUAUAUACAUAUAAGUAUAUACAAUACAUUCACGUUACUGUUUUUACUGUUUUUACGUUAUUGCAUCCAUUGUCGUUCAAGUUUCGUUAAUAUGAUUAUAACGUUUGAGAAUAUAAAGGGGAUUAUAAUGCACGUGUACACAAAUAAUUAGUUAAAAAAAUUUGUAUAUGAUUUAUUUACAAAUAAGAUUUUUCAUAUAAUUUUGUAAAAUAUUAUUUUAACAUAUAGGAAAAAGAAAUAUACAAUGAAAGAAGUUCACGUUCAAACGUAUUCUAUCAUUUUGAAUUGGAGACAUAUAUAUAUAUAUAUUAUAUAUAUAUAUAUAAAUUGGGAUGUAUAUAUAAUUAAUAUUAUGUGUAAUCUAAAAUAAUUCCAUAUUUGCAAAAAAUUAUUCAAAAAUGAAGAAUUUACGUUCGAACGUGUACUUAAAAUAAUUUUCUAAUGAAACGUAAUGAUUACUCAAUAAUUAUCCGUCCACUGAUACAUGUAAGGAUGUAAUUAUUAACUUAAAAAAUUUAUUACUGUGAAUAAAGAUAAUCAUGUUCUUCAGGUA